UGGCGCGCGGGCUGCCAGAGUGACCUUGUGGGUGGGGCUUCCGCCACCAGCUAGACCCUCUCAGCGCCUGGCCCAGGGUCAGCACUCGUCUGAGGACACGCACUUCCUGCUAGGCCUCCGUGAGCAGCUCCGCACAGCCGAUCCGAGCCCCAGAGCCCGAGUCCUUCCAAGCGAUUCACCAUGGUGGAUGAACUGGUGUUGCUUCUGCACGCGCUUCUGGUGCGCCACCGCGCCCUGUGCAUGGAGAACAGCCGGCUCAUGACACAGCUGCGGUUGCUGGUGUGUGAGCGGGCCACUCUGCUGCGCCAGGUACGUCGGCCGAACUGUCCGGUGCCCUUCCCCUCAAGGUUUCACGGCGAGAGCGGCCGGCUCCCCGAGUUUGUUGUGCAGACGAUGGCUUACAUGCUUGUGAAUGAUGACCUCUUCUGCAACGACGGCAUGAAAGUGGCAUUCCUGAUCAGCCUCCUCUCCGGGGAAGCAGAGGAUUGGGUAGUGCCAUACAUACUGAUGGAUAGCCCGAUCCUCUGUGAUUAUCGGGCCUUUGUCGAGGAGAUGAAGCAGUAUUUUGGCUGGGAUGACGACGACGAGGAUGAUUUUGAUGAUGAUGAAGAGGAAGAGGAUGAUUUCUAGGCCCUUAACCCCCUUAGGCCUAGAGGGGGAGGGCCCUGCACGCCGCCUCCUCCCUGCCCUGACCC